AGCCCUGGCUUCCCCCUUCACAGGAAGAGGUAUGAGCCUCCCAUGGGAGCGCUGGCAACAGGCAUGGGGGGGUGUAAUGGGACGUGUUACCUUCUCUUUGCAGGGAAGCAGGAUGGAUGAACAACGAUGCUCCUUCCCACCACCCCUCAAAACAGAGGAGGACUACAUUCCCUAUCCGAGCGUCCAUGAGGUCCUGGGACGAGAAGGACCUUUCCCCCUCAUCCUGCUGCCCCAGUUCGGGGGCUACUGGAUUGAAGGCACCAACCACGAAAUCACCAGCAUCCCGGAGACAGAGCCGCUGCAGUCACCCACGACCAAGGUGAAGCUCGAGUGCAACCCCACAGCCCGCAUCUACCGGAAGCACUUUCUUGGCAAGGAGCAUUUCAAUUACUACUCACUGGACACUGCCCUGGGCCACCUUGUUUUCUCACUCAAGUACGAGGUCAUCGGGGACCAGGAGCACCUGCGGUUGCUGCUCAGGACCAAGUGCCGGACACACCAUGAUGUCAUCCCCAUCUCCUGCCUCACUGAGUUCCCCAAUGUGGUCCAGAUGGCAAAGCUGGUGUGUGAAGAUGUGAAUGUGGAUCGAUUCUACCCUGUGCUCUACCCCAAGGCUUCCCGCCUCAUCGUCACCUUUGAUGAGCAUGUUAUCAGCAAUAACUUCAAGUUUGGAGUCAUUUAUCAGAAGCUGGGGCAGACCUCCGAGGAAGAGCUCUUCAGCACCAAUGAGGAGAGCCCUGCCUUCGUGGAGUUUCUUGAAUUUCUCGGCCAGAAGGUCAAACUGCAGGACUUUAAAGGGUUCCGAGGAGGCCUGGACGUGACCCACGGGCAGACGGGGACCGAGUCUGUGUACUGCAACUUCCGCAACAAGGAGAUCAUGUUUCACGUGUCCACCAAGCUGCCCUACACAGAAGGGGACGCCCAGCAGUUGCAGCGGAAGCGGCACAUCGGGAACGACAUUGUCGCUGUAGUCUUCCAGGAUGAGAACACACCCUUUGUGCCUGACAUGAUUGCAUCCAACUUCCUGCAUGCCUAUGUGGUGGUGCAGGCCGAGGGCGGGGGGCCCGAUGGCCCGCUCUACAAGGUCUCUGUCACCGCUAGAGACGACGUGCCCUUCUUUGGGCCCCCCCUCCCGGACCCUGCUGUGUUCAGGAAGGGGCCUGAGUUCCAGGAGUUUUUGCUGACAAAGCUGAUCAAUGCUGAAUAUGCCUGCUACAAGGCAGAGAAGUUUGCCAAACUGGAGGAGCGGACACGGGCUGCCCUCCUGGAGACGCUCUAUGAGGAACUGCACAUCCACAGCCAGUCCAUGAUGGGCCUGGGCGGUGACGAGGACAAGAUGGAGAAUGGCGGCGGGGGCGGCGGAUUCUUCGAGUCUUUUAAGCGGGUCAUCCGGAGCCGCAGCCAGUCCAUGGAUGCCAUGGGACUAAGCAACAAGAAACCCAACACCGUGUCCACCAGCCACAGCGGGAGCUUUGCCCCCAACAACCCCGACCUGGCCAAGGCAGCUGGAAUAUCAUUGCUUAUUCCUGGGAAAAGCGCGAGUAGAUUCGGACGCCGGGGCAGUGCCAUAGGCAUAGGAACGGUGGAAGAGUCACUGAUCGUCCCUGGGAAGAGCCCCACGAGGAAGAAGUCGGGCCCGUUUGGCUCUCGCCGCAGCAGCGCCAUCGGGAUCGAGAAUAUACAGGAAGUGCAGGAGAAAAGGGAGAGUCCCCCCGCCGGCCAGAAGACCCCAGACAGCGGGCACGUCUCACAAGAGCCCAAGUCGGAGAACUCAUCCACUCAGAGCUCCCCAGAGAUGCCCACGACCAAGAACAGAGCGGAGACGGCAGCCCAGAGAGCCGAGGUGCUGAAGGACUUCUCCCGCUCCUCGUCCAGUGCCAGCAGCUUCGCCAGCGUGGUGGAGGAGACCGAGGGUGUGGACGCGGAUGACACAGGCCUGGAGAGCGUCUCGUCCUCAGGGACGCCCCACAAGCGGGACUCCUUCAUCUAUAGCACGUGGCUGGAGGAUAGUGUCAGCACCACGAGUGGGGGCAGCUCCCCAGGACCCUCCCGGUCACCCCAUCCCGACGCCAGCAAGUCGGGGGACCCUGCGUGUCCCGAGAUCAAGAUCCAGCUGGAGGCAUCUGAGCAGCACACGCCCCAGCUGGGCUGUUAGCCAGGCUCCAGCUCUGAAGGUGAAACUGAGCAGGUGAGGCCGCAGAAGCACAAGGUGAAGACGCAGUGUCAACUCCAGGUGGAUAGGACCUCUGCCCCCACGGCCAGCACCAGCCUGUGGGCUGUCCCCUGCCCCCGCCUUGGCCACCUGUCUGGACUGUCUCUGCGGGGCGGAGCCAUCCGGACCCAGGAGGGGGAAGCUGCUGGCAUCAUCCCCACCCCCCAGGCUGGGACAGGCAGUGGUCAGUUGAAGCAGAACUCCAGGCCUGGCCUGCCCCCGCUCUGGGC